GCCGCUGCCGGUUACGCCAGCCCCGCCGCCGCCCGCUCUGAUUCUGCGCAUAGGCAGCCCCCAAGCCUGUCAUUCUGCAAAAACACAGUUUACUCAACACACCACACACACACUCACACACACACGCGCGCACACACACACGCGCACACUGCCCCCCUCGCGCACACGCACGGAGGGCGCGAGCGAGCAGACGCGCACACCCGGCGAGCCAAGUUCCGCAGCCUGGCAUGGCUUCUGGGGACCUUUACGAGGUUGAAAGGAUUGUAGACAAGAGGAAGAACAAGAAGGGAAAAUGGGAGUAUCUGAUCCGGUGGAAAGGCUACGGGAGCACGGAGGACACGUGGGAGCCCGAGCAUCACCUGCUGCAUUGUGAGGAGUUCAUUGAUGAGUUCAACGGGCUGCACCUGGCCAAGGACAAGAGGCUCAAGUCGGGGAAGCAGCCCGGCGCCUCCAAGCUUCUGCGGGACGGCCGAGGCCCCUCGGUCGAGAAACUGUCCCCCAGACCCUCGGAACCCGGCAAGAGCAAAGGGUCUUCCCAUAAACGGAAGCGGAUCAACCCUUCCCUGUCCAAGCCGAAAAAAGGGUAUCCGGCCAAGCCCCCUGCAGGCGGGGACAGGGCCACCAAGACGGUGUCUUACAGGACUACCCCCAGUGGCUUGCAAAUAAUGCCCCUGAAAAAGGCGCAGAAUGGGGUGGAAAACGGGGACGCCGGCUCCGAGAAGGAAGAGAGGCAUUUUGGAGACGGGUCCCACCAGCCCGGCUUGGAUUUGAAUGACGUGGGUGAGCAGGACCUGGGCGACUGCCACGUGAGCCCCGCGGCGCUGGCGGAGAACGGGCUCGGCUCUGCUCUGACCAACGGGGGACUAAACCUGCACAGCCCGGUGAAGAGGAAGCUGGAAGCAGAGAAGGACUACGUCUUUGACAAGAGGCUCAGGUACAGCGUCCGCCAGAACGAAAGCAACUGUCGCUUUCGGGACAUUGUCGUGCGGAAGGAAGAGGGCUUCACGCACAUCCUGCUGUCCAGCCAGACCUCGGACAACAACGCGCUGACCCCUGAGGGGACACGGGUUCGAGCCCUGGUCCGGGAAGAGUCACUGCCAGCCCCCUCCCUGGAAGAGCACCGUGGCCUAGGGCGCCGGCUGAAAAGGAAGCGCGGUGACGGCGCUUUUGUUGGGGGAGCGCUGUGCCCAUUUCCCUGGCCACCCUCACCCCCUGGUCGGAGACCCGGCCGCGAGGUGGCAAAGGCAGCCUUGGGUGCCCGCGCCGCUCUGCUGAGCGCCCCGAGUCGCCUCCCGCGCCGAGUCGCCCUCAGGGAACCCGGACCUUUUGCUCAGGCGCAGCCCCCUCGUCCAGGGAGCGCGGCCCCCUCGUCCAGGGAGCGCGGCCGUAAGGCUGACCUCGUCCCGCGCUCUCUCCCGGCGUCGGGACCCCUCGAGCCGAAAGCCACCCCCUCGCACACUGGCAGAAACUCGCAGCUCCUGGUUUCUGAGUCAUCGGUGCUUUCGCCAGGGGUGCACGUCGCCCAGCAGGUAUUUACCGAGCCUCCUGAGCGCGCCUGCCCCGGGGAUGGCGUGGCAGGUGGAACAGAGACGGGGUCCGUCACGCCGGAGCCUGCUGCCCAGGGCGAGAGGCGGUAA